AAUGACUUGGAAAUUGGAAUGUGAUUUUUUUAAAACAUUUACUGCUUCUGUGGCUCUAUUUUACCCUCCCACCAAACGACAGCCAAUCGUGUUCUGUCAACCAUUGUGGAAGAGAAAAUAAGUAUUUAAUUAGACACUCGAGCAUAAACUAAAUGCGUACUGUCAGCUGGAGAGAGUGAAUUGAAGAAACUACAUCAUGGACUACGUUAUUACAAAGUAGUAGCCAACACACUUGGAUAAAUGCGGAGAACACUUCAUGAUGGUCAUUUUUUGUUUGAUUAAAAAAUAACCCUUCGUAUGCUGGUAUUAUGAAUAUUAGUAAUUUUCUAAAACAUGGGAACACAGAUGGACUGUUGCUCCAGCCGCUGUGGGAUGAUCUGCGAGCACAACGGGAGUUCCUCACGUCACCUUUCCUGCCCGCAUGCUUCGCUUUCCUCAUCCACCUUCUCCUCUGCGCACCUUUUCUAGCCUUUGAAGCGCUGGGAUGUUUCUGGCCACGGAUAAAUCUCUACAGGAUCUCGAGGACCGCUGAACCGUUGCUGUUGUGUUUGCAGCGAUGGGUUGGCUGCUGUUGGAGGAUUUUUAUGAAAUACCUGACAACUGUUCUCCCAGCCACCGCGCUUUAUCAAAGAGUUAGGAUUCCAAGAUUUCCCGAACUCGCGCCAUCAUGCAGCCUGCUCAUUGGGGAGGUUAUCGCGUGCCUACUUUUAUUUGAUGCGCUGUUCUUUAUAUGGCAUUAUUCCAUGCAUCGGGUUCCCUGGCUGUAUCGGAGGGUCCACCAGACUCAUCACCAGAACCGGAUCACCUUCGCCCUGACUGCCCAGGACGCCAGCCCGGCUGAGCUACUCUCCCUGCAGAUGCUGGCCCUGAGCAGUGCCUGGGUGGUGGGCUGCCACCCUCUGAGUGAGGCCCUGUUCCACCUGCUCAACACCUGGCUGGCCAUAGAGGACCACUGUGGCUACGACCUGCCCUGGGCUAUCCAUAGACUACUGCCCUGCUUCGGGGGGGCCCCCUUCCACCAGGCACACCACCACAUCUACAGGGGGAACUAUGCCCCCUACUUCAGGCACUGGGACUGGCUCUUUGGGACCUACCUGGGGGUAAGGGAGGAGGCUGGGAGUAAACAUGGAGGGAGGACAAUGAGGAGAAGGAGAAGAAAGAAGAGCCUUGGAUCUGACUGUGUGUGCGCACAAGAUUGCAUGUGUUAAAAUGAAUGUAAUCUAUGAAGCAAACAAAGAACUGACAUCUUAGGUAGCAUCAUUAGUACAGUGAGUACAGGCUAACACAUGGGUUAUGUGUACUUGUGUUUGUAAAUUACAGGUGGUUAUAUGUUGACUCAAAUGGAAUAUUUGACAAGCAUUAGAUAUAAAGAGACAAUGCUGGUCAUUUGGCUAAAUGUGAAAAUAAAGGACAGCCGCACACUCUAGGAGCUCAGAUGCAAAAAUGUAAUGUCCAACGUUUUGACAGACAAGCUGUCUUCAUCAGGGUAUAAUGACAAACACUGCGGGGUGACUCUUUUAUAUAGUGUCAAAAGACACUUGCAGGUGUCUGUAAUCAUGGCUUGGUGUGGCCUGACAUCAUUGGUUAAUUCUCAUAUAUUAAAAUAGCAUACAAAAACAAUAAAUGGAUAGCGUACGAUCAUAGAUACAAUUUGGCUACAUAAGCCUACAAACAUUUACAGUAGCAAAAUCACAAGAAUUGCUUCAGAUCAAAGUCUACAUUGAGACCAAAGGGAGCAAGGGUCUUUAUAUUAAAGAUCCAGGCAGCCUCUCGUUUUAACAAUAAAUGAUCGAGGUCACCCCCUCUGCUAGGGAGGGUGACAUGUUCGAUGCCAAUAUAACGUAGAGACCAAAAAAAUAUUUUACCUUUAUUUAACUAGGCAAGUCAGUUAAGAACAAAUUCUUAUUUUCAAUGAUGGCCUACAAACAGUGUGUUAACUGCCUUGUUCAGGGGCAGAACAACAGACUUGUACCUUGUCAGCUCAGCGAGUCGAACUUGCAACCUUUCGGUUACUGAUCUAACGCUCUAACCACUAGGCUACGCUGCUGCCCCAAGAUCCAUUAGUUUGCUUCCAAAAAGUGGGUCACAACUGGUUAAGUCAAGUUUUUGCAUCUAACUCGACUUACCCAGUUGCGGCCCACUUUUUGGAAGCAAACCACUCGAUUUGGUCUUAUUGAGUGUAUGUAAACUUCUGACCCACUGUGAAUGUGAUGAAAGAAAUAAAAGAUGAAAUAAA